AUGGAGGAACAGGCCCGUGCAAGGGCGGAAAUUGCAGCAUGGACGGCACAGCAGCGGCAGACAGAUGCUGCGUUAGCCGCAAGCAAAGAGGUUGCCCAAGGCACACAUGUAUCGGCGCCCAACUGGCCCGCCGCCCUGCACAGCCUGAACUAUGGAGCUGUGCCGCCGGUUCGCGCGCCGGUGCGACUGACGACCAGCGAGGCGAAGCCCGAAGCCCCUCUUGCCAACCAGAAGCCCGCCAAGCCCAAGGCGGACGCCGCAGUGGGCACCAAAGCGCGCAGCGGCCGUGAAUACUACGAGCUGUGGGAGAAGAAGGUCGAGGCGGCGCUAGCCGAAGCGGACAAGGAAGGCACCGCGGCGGCCGCCGGCACCGCUGCCGCUGCCGCCAGCACCGCUGGUCUCAAGCGCAGCCCGGAGCUCACUCAGCGGCUGCUGGAACUGAACCGCGGCGCCUCGGCUGCGGAGCGCCUGAUCCUGUCCGGCCAGGAGAAGGCCAAAGGCAAUGACCAUUUCCGCGCGAAAGAGUACGCGGAGGCUGUGGAGCAUUACACGCUGGCGUUGGGUCUCCGGGGCUCCGCUGGCGAGGCGCCGCUGUUCAACAACCGCGCCGCCGCCUAUAUCAAGCUCAAAAUGUGGGACGCGGUGGAGCAGGACACGACCGCUGCGCUGGAGGCGGAUCCUAAGUUGCUGAAGGCCUACAUUCGACGCGCGGCGGCGAGGCUGGAGUUGGGCAAGCUGGCGGAGGCGGUGUCGGACUGCGACGCGGCGCUGGCGCUGCAGCCGGGUACCAAGGAGGUGGAGACGGUGCGGGAGCGGGCGGUGAAGCUGCUGCAGGACGCGGGCAUGAAGCGUAUGAAAAUUGAGGAGGUGGAGGAGGAAGAAGAGGAGGAGGAGGAGGAGGAGGCGGUAGAAGGGAGCGACAAGGCGCACGCGAAGAGCAACAGCGUCAAUGGCGCCGAUGCUUCCGCGGCGGCAUCGAGGGGAAAGCCUUCGGACCAGGAGUCCAGUGCCGCCAGCGGCGGCAGCAGUUCUUCCCAACAGGACACUCCGGCUGCGCCGCUUCCCCCUCGAAAGAAGCUGGUGGUGGUGGAGGAGACGGACAGCGAAGACAGCGAUGAUGAGGGCGCAGCGAGCAAGGCGACAGCUAUUCCUGUACAACCGUCCCCACAGCCAGCGGAGCGGCAGCAGGAGCAGCAGCAGCCGUCUGUGGUUGCUACUGCUGCCAAAGCCAUGCCCAGCGCUGCCGCGGUUGCACCCGCUUACACGUCCGGCAGGGCGGGGCCGGCAGCGGCCGCCGAGCGGGCACCAGCGACGGCGGCGCCGCCGUUUGAUGCCGCUGUGGAGUCAAUAAAGCUGGAGGGCAAUAAGGAGUUUAAGAGCGGCAAUUUCGUGCGGGCGGCGCAGCUCUACACGGAGGCGAUAGCGCUGGCGCCUGACCUUUCUGUACUCUACCUGAACCGGUCCAUGGCCCGUCUGUCCAACGGACUGAACACGGAGGCGCUUCGUGACGCCUGCCAGGCGGUGGCGCUGGAUCCAAAAGGCUACAAGGCCUUCCACAAGCGAGCCAGGGCGAAGGCGAAGCUGCGGCUGUGGGAGGCCUCCCGUGACGAUCUGCAGCGUUGCCUGGACCUGGUGGGCCCCAACGAGGACCGCAUCCGUGGUGAGGUGGCUAAGGAGCUGGAGACGGUUCAGGCGCAGGUGGCGGCGGUUAAGAAGCGGGCGGCGGCGCGGGCAGCGGCGGCAGCGGCGCGGGGGCCGCAGCGGGUGACCAACUACUACCGGGCGGGAGUGACGAUUGAAGAGCAUGACGAGGAGGAGGAGAACAGCGAGGAGGACAAGCCACUACUGGCCGCUGAUGAGGCCACCGACUGGGAGGUGGCGGCGGCUCGGCGGCUGUCGGAUCUGCGCAGCCAGGCGGAGGUGCUGCGCGCAGAGUGGCUGCGGCAGCGGGACAUGGAGGCGCGGGAGGCUUUCCAACGGGACCUACUGACAUGGGAGGCGGCGAAGGAACGGGCCGAGGCGGCGGCAGCUGCGGCAGCUGCUGAUGCCGCAGCCGCCGCUGCGGCGGAGGCCGAGGCCGCAGCCGCCGCUGCCGCGGCCGCUGCCCCUGUUGCUGCUGCUUCUGCUGCGCCGGCACCGCCGCCCCGUAGCGUGGAUGCGAUUAAGAACGAGGGCAAUGAGCACCUGAAGGCGCAGCGCUACCGAGCUGCGGAGGACUGCUACCAGGAGUGCCUCCGACUGGACCCGGACAAUGUGGCGGUGCGGCUGAACCUGCUGGUGCUGCUCAAUGCCACGGAGCGGUCGGCGGAGGCAGAGGAGGUCGCGAACGAAGUGCUGCGGCUCCUCUCCAGCGGCACGGGCUCCUUCAGUCUCGACCAGCAGCAGAACAUGCGCUCCAAGGUGUUUCACCGCCGCGCCCAGGCGCUCAAGGCGCAGGGCCGCUUGCAGGAGGCGCUGGAGGACCUACGGGCUGCUAAGGCGCUGUUUGGUCAGAGCGAUGCACUGGACAGGGAGAUGGAGGCGAUUGGGAAGCUCAUGGCGACGCAGCAGGGCGACGCCCCGGCGGCGGCGGCGCCUCCUGCGGCGACACCCUCAGCAGCGCCUGCCGCUGGAGAGCAAGCGCCGGCGGCUGCUCCGGAGGUGGAAAAUCCGGUGGCGCCAGCUACGGCGCAACCUGUUGAGGCGGUGGCGGUGGCGACAGGACCGCCAACGGCGACAGAGGCGGCGGCGGCGCCGCAGCCACUGCCAGCGGCGGGAGGAUCAACCGCCGCCGCAGGUCGCACCAUGGGGACCGGGGCUGCGCCUGCCCGGCGGCGAAUGGAGGUUCAAAUGGAAAGUGAUGACAGCGACGACAAUGAUGAGUUCGCGGCGCCGACGCUGCCGAUGCCACCGUCGCCGCCACGUGCAAUUGAAACGCCAAAUGCAGGUUCCCGAUCCUCAACGCCGCAACAAUCGCCAAAGUCCAAGCCUUCAGCGCCAUUCGUCUUCCCAUCUACCGCCGACGCCGAUAUGCAAACUGCUGUCAAGACGCCGGCGGAGGGCCUCACUCCGGCCGCUAAAUCUGUUCCCAGCCCCGCUGCUACACCUGCUUCGACCUCUGCCAAUAGCGCGUCUACUUCCGGAGCCCCCGUCGCCGCUGCAUCUGCAGAUGUCCCCAUGGCCGCUGCUGCCGCCGCCGCCGCCGCCGCCGCCGGCAGCACCUCGGCCGCAACCCGCCGGGGUAAGAACAGCGGCUCCCGGGCCGCCGAGGUGUCCGGUGACCCGGGGGACCCGGUGGAAGCUGCCCGCCUUCGCGACGAGGGCAACCGACUGUACGGCGUCGGCAACUACGUGCGCGCCAUGGACUUCUACUCCCAAAGCAUCCGCGCCUGUGCGCACAACCCAGCGGCGUACUGCAACCGCGCUUUUGUGUACCUGCACCUGCGCCGUCCCGCGGAUGCCUUGCUGGAUGCGGAGGCUGCCAUUGAGCAAUCUGGAGGGCGCUACCCGAAGGCACAACUUCGCCGCGCUCUGGCGCUGCGGGAGCUCGGCUUUAUUUCGGACGCGAUGACGGCCAUUCAGCAGCUCCUGGCGGUGACACCGGGCGAUCCGGCGCUGCUCGAGGAGAUGCAGCGGCUGCAGAAGAUGGCGGAAGAGGAGAAGGGUAAAGCCCGCGGCGGUGGCGGCGGCGGGGCGGCAGCGACGGCGGCAGCGGGAAGUCAGGGGCAGGGAAAGCCGGGGGCAGCGAACGGGGGAACCGUCGUGGCGCCGGCACCAGGAGUGCAGCCGCCGCCUAUACGGCACAAAAUCAUUGUGGAGGAUGUUUCAGACAGCGAGGAUGAGGAGCUGAAUGCUGUGGACGGCGAUGCGAGGGUACCCGUGGAGCAGCCGCCGGCAGCUGCGGCAGCGACAGCGGGGCCGCUGUCGUCCAGCGUGGCCGCGGAGAGCAGGGGCCCGUCGUCUGAGCCUCAUGCGGCAGCUGCACCCCAGCCCGUGGUCACCGCAAGGGGGGUGACACCACCGGAGCCGAGCCCAGCGAGCCCGGCCGCCGCGGGCACCGGGACAGCUAGCACCAGCUCUGGCGGAGUUGCUGCGGGUGCCGGUAACGGGUCCAAUGGUGCUGCCGCUGUACCUCCACCACCGUCGACGGCUACCGCCAGCAGCCGAAGUCAGUUCGAGGCCGCUUCUGCCAAGGCUGCCGCAGCGCUUGCCGUCGCCGCCAAGGCGCCUAAGAAGCCCAAGCCACCCAAGAACGCGCAUGAGCUAGAACAAGCCCUCAAGAGCCUCGCUGGGCACCCUGCCGUACAGUACGACUACAUCCGUUCUCUGGAUCCGUCGUCGUAUGCGGGAAUUAUUAAGGCCAACCUGUCGGUCAAGAUGGUGCAGGCGUUUGUGGAUACGGUGCGAACAGCGCUGGGGAUGUCCGCGGCUGCCGGUGGCGGUGACGGCGUGGCGACGGCGGCGCCCGCUGCUCCCCGGCCGGAGGAUUUGGACUUUGCGCUGCGCUGCCUGGAGGGUCUUACCAUGGUACCCCGGUUCGAUGUGACGUACGGUCUGUGCGGCAGGGCCAUGAAGGACGACAUGCGGGUGCUG